CUCCGCGCAGAUGGUCAUUGAAGUUUACGAGGAAAGUAUAGAUGACCCCACGCCAGUGUUCACCUCCGUCCAAUAUUCUAUGGAAAUUGAUCACACCGUAGAACCCGGGGAGACGGUCUUGCAGAUCCAGGCCGCUACACCCAAUGGGAAUCCAGUUUGGUACAAUAUCACUGCAUCUAGCGGAGCAAGUGUAAAAGAAUUCAUUAUUGAUCAUGAAACGGGCAAAAUCCUAGCCACAGCAAAGUUGAAGGCUGAAGAAAAUCCCAUUUACAGUUUUCUGGUGACAGCAACCAAUAGGAUUGAUUCUCGUCAUCAAGCCGAAACCGGA